ACUUACUGCAAUUUCCUCGUCAACAAGUGGCAGAAGAUUCGUACGCGUUCGCAUCCAAUGCGGCUCGACCGGAGAUAAUCUUUCGCACCAGCGCGCAUUCAGUGUGACGUACGCGCAGGAAGACACUGACCAAAGAAGACGAAGAACACGAUGGGUAUUCUCAGCAAGGCUGCUGCUGCUUUGUCGGUGUACUACUUAUCAAUCGAAGACAUUCCUGAUUGUCUCGCAUGCACGACUUCCCCCGAGGGUUACGUAUCGAUAAUAAGCCCUACGGGGAGGGACGUGCGAAAUGUGCGCUUCGUGCUCGCUCCUCCUCCUCCCGUCUCCCUCAACCCAUGUCGGACACUGAGAAGAAUUUUGCCGUGAACAGCAGCCCAGGGAUUCCGUUCGACGACGACCAUCACUCCUCGAAGGAUCCGUUCGCUCUCCGCGCACAUACGGCCGGCCGGUUGGUCAUCGAUCCAGCCGAAGCCAGACUCGAAUUCGGCGACGCCGUCGCCGCGCGGCUGAAGCUGUCCGCGGAUGGGAAAACGGUGCUGUGGCCCCAGCCCACCGAAUCGCCCGAGGACCCGCAGAACUGGAGCGACGGCAAGAAGUCCUUGAUGCUCAUCGUCGUCACGCUGGCCGCCGUCGUCCCGGACUUUGACUCUGGGAUCGGCAUUGCGGCGAUCUUCAAGCUUGCGGAGGAGUAUGGUACAACGACGGGUGUGAUUAACAACUUGACCUCCAACUGGAGUAUCUUCCUUGUCGGUUGGGGAGGAAUUACCGCUGUUAUGGCUGUUCGGCGUUUGGGUCGCCUUCCGGUUCUUUUCUGGUCUCAAAUCCUGUCUCUGGGGUUCUUAGUCGGAGCGACAUUCGCGCCGAACUUGAACACGUUCACAGCUAUGCGUUGUUUGACUGGAUUUUUUGGGACCACACCGCAAGUGAUUGGUUUGUAUGUCGUGACGGAUUUGUAUCCAUUCCAUCUGCAAGCACGGAUGCUGAACUUCUGGACAAUGGGGUUCAUCAUCUCGCCGUUUCUGUCGCCUUUCCUCUUUGGGUUUCUGGUCGCCCGCACGUCCUGGCGCUGGGCCUACGGGAUCGGCUGCAUCUACGGAUUGAUUGUCAUCCUCCUGAUCGUAUUCUUGAUGGAAGAAACAAUCUAUGACCGCACCAUGAAACCGAUCCCGGAGCGCCCCACCUCAGUGUCACGGUACCGUGUCGAAACGCUGUUUGGGAUCACGGGUUUGAAGAUGCAGAAACACCGCGUCUCGUGGAAAGAGGCUAUUCUGUCGCCGUUUGCAGUUGUCUGGCGCCCCCACAUCCUCGGGCUGCUAGUCUUCGAGGCUUUGCUGUUCGGUUUCGGCAUUGGGAUCAAUCCGGGGGCCUACUCGACCCUCGUUCUCACGAAACAGGUUACGAACGCGGUCUUCCUUGGCAGUCCUCCGCCGGUUGGAUUUGGCUGGUCGCAGUAUGCGAUUGCAGGCGGGUACGGUACUCCCAUCGUGUCGGUGGUUGUGGGUGAAUUGAUCGGCCGGUACAUGAACGACUGGAUCAUGGACCGGAGUGUGCAACGGAACAACGGCGUCUUCGAAGCGGAGAGCCGCCUGUGGGCCUGUUACGUCGCCGUCCCGCUCAACGUCGCCGGUCUGGUUCUUCUGGGCGCGGCAUUCCAGAAGAGACUGAGCCCGUUCGCUGUUAUCAUGGGCUGGGGAUUGGUUGAGGUGUCGGUCAUGAUCAACACCGUCGCGGUCUGUCAGUGGUUCUUGUUUCGCGCAUCUGCCAUGAGCGGCCAACUCAAACUGCGCAGACGCGUACUGCAACGAUGCGUUUCCGGAACAUCAGGCGAGCACUCAUCCGGCUUCACACGUCCACCGCAGCCUAAAUCCAACUGCCCUCACCAGGGCGAAAUCAGCGCCCUGAUAAACCUGGCCCGCGUCCUCGGCGGGUUCGGCGUCGCAUACUUCCAAAUUCCGUGGGCCAUCAAGAGCGGUGCGCUGCAAGUGUUCGGGUGUGAAGCAGCCAUUGAUGCGGGUCUCUUUCUGCUCGUCGUGCCUGUUCUUCAAGUAUCGGGGCGGGAUCUUCGGGCUCGGUUCUCGCUGCGUUAGCUCGUUCAGUUAUCUUCACGUCGUAUGAGCAUGGGAUUUGACCGUCGGGGUUACUACUUUGUAAUUUCAAUAGUUGGUGCCUUGAACACUGCUACUCAACAAGAGUAUCCACAGUCCUGCUCGUCACCCAUCGCACCCAACCUGGCGUAUGCGAGCAGAACAUGCUAAGGACCAGGCCGUCGACACUGGCCGGCCCCAUCCGGCACUCGAGAAGGAGACGUUCAGUGAAAUCCUCGGGUGUGAAGACGAGGAAAGCACUCGAGCGCAGCGAUGGGUUAUGGUUAGGUGACAUUACUUUGAUGUCCAACGGGUUGGAUGUGAG